AAGAAUUUUUUUUAUUUAUAUACUUACAUAGAAAUAUCUAACAACUAUUAGAUUUAUAGAAUCCAAACACAAACCUCCAAGAAACCCACCCUAUGCCAAACGAUAGUGCAAGGCCUGUGGUGGUGGGUCAAGGUUGGUGGGUGAACGCCAAUCUGCUGCUUGCUGACUACCGAUCUGCUGAAGAGACGAUGAAUGCCGAUUUGCUACCCGAUCUACUGCACUGUGGUUUCUUCUUUGCCGGAAAAGAGAUGGAAACUGAAGAAUGGAGACUGGAGAGUGGAGAGGCUGAGAAGGAGAAUGAUGGAUGAUGAAGAUCUGCUGCUCGAUCUACGAAUGAACGAUGGAUGAUGAAUACACAUGUGGGUUUUCUGAUUUUGUUUGGUUAUGGUAACUGGUAAGAGUUGAGAGUUGGAACUUGGAAGAGUUGAGAAUGGAAUGAAAUGAGAAACCCCAA